GCAAUACUUGGCCAUGCCAGCAACCGUCUGGGCCUUAGGUGUGGUGCUCUAUGAGAUGGUGCCCGGAUUUCCACCCUUGCAACGAUUAGGCGUAGUAAGGAUUACGGGACGCAAUUUAACCUUGAAUGCCCGUGAUCCAAUUCGACGGUGCCUGUACAUUAAUCCAGAUCAACGACUAAGAAUCGAUCAGAUUUUAGCACACGACUGGUUUAAGUGCAUCAUAACACAUGUUCCGGCGACCCCAACGGUGGCGAAUUAUCAAAAGGUUCUGAAUCUUUUAAUGCUGAAUACGAGUAUAAAACGAGUAAAGAUUAUUUUCUUGGGAAAGGUGCCUAUGGCAGGGGAACCCGUAAAGCUGAUGGCAAAUUGGUUGCCAUCAAGCGUGUGAGGCUACGUGAGGAAGAAAGAUGUAUUUGUUAUGCUUUAAGGCUGGAUAUUCCAGACCACUUGUUACAGAGGUGGCCUUAAUGUUGAAGUUAAAAGAAGCUCCUGAAUGCCCCUAUGUUAUAAGAAUAAUUGACUGGUAUGAGGAACGCAAUUACCUCAUGUUUGUUCUGGAGUACCUAGACGAAUGGAUGCCCUUGCGUAAUUAUAUCUCUACACCUGGAAAACUGCCGAAGAUAAAGCUCGCAGGCUUAUGCUUCAGUUAGUGAAAGCAGUUGAACAUUGCAUAAAGCACGGGGUGUUUCACAAUGACAUCCAUUUUGGAAACAUCUUGGUGGACAGUGAAGGUGUACAACUGAAGUUAAUUGACUUUGGGAUUGGUCGUCUAAUCAAUGA